CGACACGCUUCUCACAAUGUCUUUGCCUGAGACGAGAAUACUCCCGAUGCCACUGCAAACAACGCCGCCGCCGCCACCGCCUGCCGAGAACGCUACUGGUGUGGCGCUGCGUCUUAACUUGGCAACAUCGCCGCACUUCCCAGCUGGCCAACAGGCCGCCGAAGCAGAUACACACAGUGCUAUGACCAUCACGCCGCCCCCGACGCCGCCGCCACCACCUGCCGAGAACGGUACUGGUGCAGCGCUGCGUCCCAACUUGGCAACAUCGCUGCACUACCCAGCCGGCCAACGGGCCGCCGAAGCAGAUGCACAACAUAACAUGACCAUUACGCCGCCCCCAACGCCACCGCCACCGUCUGCCGAGAACACUACUGGUGCGGCGCUGCGUCUCAACCUGGCAACAUCGCCGCACUUGCCAGCCGGCCAACAGGCCGCCGAAGCGGUCAAAAACCAUGCUAUGAACAUCACGCCGCCCCCGAUGCAGCCGCCUGCCGAGAACGCUACUGGUGCGGCGCUGCGUCUCAACUUGGCAACAUCGUCGCACUUCCCAGCUGGCCAACAGGCCGACGAAGCAGUAAGGCACCAUGCUAUGACCAUCACGUCACCCCCGACGCCGCCGCCACCGCAACCCGAGAACGCUACUGGUGCGGCGCUGCGUCUCAACUUGGCAACAUCGCCGCACUUCCCAGCUGGCCAACAGGCUGACGAAGCAGUAAGGCACCAUGCUAUGACCAUCACGCCGCCCCCGACGCCGACGCCACCGCCUGCCGAGAACGCUACUGGUGCGGCGCUGCGUCUCAACUUGGCAACAUUGCCGCACUUCCCAGCCAGCCAAUAGGCCGCCGAGGCAGAUACGCACCAGGCUAUGAUCAACACGCCGCCCCCGACACCGCCGCCCCCAACUGCCGUGAAGGCUCCCGGGGAAUUGACGUGGUGCAAACCGGCCGUGAUGACAUCCGCCAGAGGGCAAAACGACCACUGAGGCGACAACGACCACUGAGGCGACAACGACAAAGGAUCACCCGGAGGAACCACUCCGAUGGCGCCGCCCACGGUCGCUGAGAAAGCGGCUGGCACAGGGUGGUGGCGCAAAACGACGAUUUUGCGUCACUCUCCGGGGGAUCAGCCACCUGCCAAGUCAUUCACAGUCGGCCCGACGCCACCUCACGCACGACACCACGGGCGUGCCACUCACACAAGCCACGCGCAUCACAAAGGGCGUGCCAAUCACGCCAGCCACGCACGUCAACAAGAGCCUGCCGCCACCGCACGUCACGCAUGUCAACAAGGGCGUGCCGCCACCGCACGUCAUGCACGUCAACAAGGGCGUGCCGCCACUGCACGUCACGCACGUCAACAAGGGAAUGCCGCCACCGCACAUCACGCACGUCAACAAGGGCGUGCCACCAACGCAAUUCACGCACGUCAACAAGAGCGUGCCGCCACCGCACAUCACGCACGCCAACAAGAGAGUGCCGCCACCGCACAUCACGCACGUCACCAAGGGCGUACCACUCACGCCAGCCACGCACGUCACCAAGGGCGUGCCAUUCACGCCAGCCACGCAAGUCAGCAAGGACGUGCCGCCACCGCACAACACAGGGGGCGUGCCACUUCCGCCUGCCGCGCACAUCACAGGGGGCGUGUCACUUCCGUCCGCCGCGCACAUCAUAGGGGGCGUGUCAUUUCCGCCCGCCGCGCACGUCACAGGGGGCGUGUCACUUCCGCCCGCCGCGCACGUCACAGGGGGCGUGCCACUUCCGACCGCCGCGCACGUCACAGGGGGCGUGCCACUUCCGCCCGCCGCGCAUGUCACAGGGGGCGUGCCACUUCCGCCCGCCGCGCAUGUCACAGGGGGCGUGUCACUUCCGCCCGCCGCGCACGUCACAGGGGGCGUGUCACUUCCGCCCACCGCGCACGUCACAAAGGACGUGUCACUUCCGCCCGCCGCGCACGUCACAGGAAGCGUGCCACUUCCGUCGCCGCGCCCGCCACUGUGGGUGCGCCACUUCCGCCCGCCACACGCGCCGCUGAAGGGGACACACCACCGCCCGCCACUGAGGGUGCGCCACUGCCGCCCGCCACACACGCCGCAGAUUGCGCCAUACCACCGCCCCAUGCCUCGCGUGUCACUGUGCGCGCGCCGCCUGCUGCUGAAUGCGCCGCAACGCUGCCUCCGCCGCCCACCAUUGCCGCCCCCAUGGCGACAGGUGCGGCCCACAAAUGCACCACGACGCCGCCGCCCACCUCGGCCGCCCCCAUGGCAACAGGAGCGGCCCACGUGCACACCAUGCCGCUGGACACACCAGUGGAGUGCUAUGAGCAGCAGUCUGCAGCGGCUAGCAAGUGUGAUUGCGCACAUGUGGGUGUUACACCGCGGCGAUGGAUGAUGUGGCGAGCCACUUUCUCACCUCAGUAAUGGCCAUGAGAGCUGCUAGGAUGUAAGUUUUGUCAGCUCCAGUUCAGUAUUUAAUGGAGUCCUCUGGCUGCCUCAAGUUUCUACAAACACUCCCGUGUGUGUGAUAAACUUUGUCAACAUUUUUUUGAGAGUAGUUCGUCAUAACUUUUAAGCAUUUUGUUUGGUUUGAAGAACCAAAAUUUAAAUUUGGUCAAGUUUAUCAGAGUGCACAGCCAUUAACUUUGUUUUGGUUUUGAAAUACAAAAUAAUAAGCACAAAUUCUAGAAGUGGCUGGACAGCGUAUUUUCUGAAACAGACGUUUUCAUGUGCUUAAACUGGAGUCGAGCCAUGUGGUUCGCCAGCUACGUAAAGGAUUUUAGCUAUUUUUUGCCUGAGUCUUUCUUAAGCAUGAAGGUGUGCGGGCUGAUAGUUACCUGUGUAUCCGCUGUAGUUGUGGUCAAAUUGGACUCAUGUGCAAGUUGUGCGGUCAUUUGUUCAUGUUUACAAAUGAUUGCUGGGCCUAUACUAUCACUCUUGGUCAAGAUAGAGCUAUCUUUUUUCAUAAUAGUGGUGGUGGCUGCCAAUGGACAUAAUUUUUCGCUGCACCUUGUAGAAUGGUCUAUGACGUCUGAACUGGAUAUUUUUAGAGACGUAUAAGGGUCAUUAAAAUAUAAAUCAGAAUUUGGUUGAUUCGACUCUAGUAACGUGUGCAAUGCAACAUGCAGGGAAAACAGCGACGAGAGAAUGGAGAGGGGAUAGGCAUGCACACUGCCAUCACAUUUCAUAAUUUCAGUAUCGCUAUGAGUGAACUAGAAGUACCAGCGUUUGUUGCGCAACUUGUUAUUUUUCAUUUUCUCACCAAUGAAGCAGAGUUAACUACAUUUGAUAGCCCGUACGCUUUCGUGGUGUGUACUAUGAUGAUAAUUAUGCAUUAGUUUUGGCUCACGUUCGGGUUACAGUUUUCGUUUUUCUAUUUAAAGGUGGACAAACUGUUGUUGUUGCAUCUUUUAUUAAUUUCAAUUGUUUGGCGUGCAUUUGUAUACUCUACUUUUUCAAUAAAUGUUCUUUCCAUGAA